AUGAGUGGCCCGGGAGCUGGUUUCGAGUAUCCUCCCACCGAGGUCUCGUGGAUGAAGCGGGAUGUCUUGCUCUUCGCCAACACCAUAGGCUGCACAGCUGACGAGCUUCACUUCCUCUAUGAACUCGAUCCGAACUUUGCUGUCUUCCCAACCUACCCCAUCAUCCUCCCCUUCAAGAAGAACACACCAGAGGUCAUCGACUUCUACGCCGAACAGAAGGCCAUCAAGAUCCCCGGCGUUCCCGACUUCGAUGCGCGACGGGUUGUCGACGGCCAGCGACUAAUCCAGUUCCUGAAGCCCCUUCCACCCACAUCCGCCGGCAAGAAGUUCGAAAUCCGAAGCAAGGUCCUGGGCGUCUACGACAAGGGGCGGCCCGGCACCGUCGUCGAAACCCAACAAGAUCUGGUUGAUGCCGGCACGGGCGAGGUUUACUCUCGCGCCAUUGGGAGCGCCUUCUACGUUGCGCAAGGCAACUGGGGCGGUCCCAAGGGCCCAGCGACCGAGAACUUUCCACCGCCGCAAGGCAAGAAGCCCGACUUCGAGUUUGAAGACCAGACCAACGAGCAGACGGCGCUGCUGUACCGUCUGAAUGGUGACUACAACCCGCUCCAUGCCCACCCGGAGCCGGGCAAGAAGAUGGGUUUCGGCGGUGCCAUCAUUCACGGCCUGUACUCGUUCAACUCGUCCUGCCACGGCCUUCUGCAGAAGCUCGGUGGCAGCGAUCCUGCCAACAUUAAGGAAUUCCAGGCACGUUUUGCAAGCCCGGUCAAGCCUGGAGAUAAGCUUGUGACAUCUGUAUGGAAGGCUGGGGAGAUGAAGGACGACUACGAGGAAAUUCGAUUCGUGACCAAGGUUGCUGGUGGAAAGGUUUGCUUGAGUAAUGGCCGGGCGCUGAUCAAGGUUGUGGGAGAGUCCAAGAGCAAGCUAUGA